UGUCUUGUUGAGGACCCGGCCACAAGACGACAUCAGUCGCGGAAUUAUGUUGAGACUCUGGAAGAAAAAGUCGCUUUGCUCGAGGACCAGCUUCGGAGAGCUCAUUCAAGAGAGCCAGAUUCCGGCACGACAGCCCCAGCCAUUGACAAUGCACAUCCCCUUGGACCAACUGCCUCGGGACCCACGGAAACCGAGGACAGUGUCGACGAGUUAUCUUCCAAAGUUGGAAUGCUGGCCUUCAGAGUGGAUGGAGAAGAGCCUAGCUAUUUGGGUUCAUCAUCGCCUUUUGCCUUUUCACGCAUCAUCCAUUCCUCUCUUCGCCAACCGUUCCCAAGGAAUCGUUCAGAUACCUUUGGGCCUCCUCAAGACGACACGUCACUACCAACACCGUGUCUCUUACCGCAGUACGAAUUCGGAAUCACUCUUAGUAACGCAUACUUUGAGAACAUUCAUGCCCAAUAUCCGUUCUUGCACGAGCCUACGUUUAGACGUUGGGAAGCAAUGCUGGUAGGGUCAGCCGAAGCAGCCGGAGCAGCCGAAGCCAUCGUCUUGGAUCCCGUUCCUUACUUUUUUAUAAAUAUGGUAUAUGCUGUAGGAGCUCUGCUUUUACCCAACACAGGAUCCCUACCCCAGCAAUUUUACCUCUCAGCCCAGUUCUACAUUGACUCUAUCUUAUCGCGCGACAAUUUAGAAGCUAUACAAGACUUGGAUUUUAUGGCCCAUAUUGUCCAACUACAAGCCAUUCUAUGCUAUGCCAUGUAUUCUCUUCGGAGUUCCACAGGUCCGUCAAUUUGGUCACUGUCAGGACUAGCACUCCGCCAAUGCGUCGAGCUGGGAUAUCAUCGAAGCUCGAAACGCUUCGGGUCGACUAUAGACCCUUUACGACUAGAGAUGCGCAAGAGAGUCUUUUGGUGCACUUUCGGUAUCGAAAGCGUGGCUGCCGUUACACUCGGUCGCCCGUUGGGCUUACAACUUCAAGAAGUCGAUGCUGAGUUCCCAACUGAUAUCAAUGAUUCACAAAUCACCGAAACCGGGAUUUCUGGUACGCCUCGAAGCUCUCAUAGCGACGGCCCUACAACCAUGUCAACUGCGCUCCAUGUCUUCCGCCUCCGUUGCCUUUGGGCUCGAAUGCAUACAUCGCUAUAUUCAGAUAAAACGACUAGGACCUCGGACGAUCCGACUUACGGAAUGCGUGUUGAGAACAUUCGCUCCAAGCUUGACGAAUGGAUGGCUUCCAUUCCCCCAAUACCAACCCGCACCGGUGCUGCCCUGACGAUAUUUGCAACAAGAGACUGGUACGAUCUCAAUUUUGGUGAAACCAUUCUCUUGCUUUAUCGCGGCCAGUUAACAGGCAAGCGAGCUUGCGAAGACAGCGUAUUCAUAGAAUGUGCCGCAGCUGCCGAAAAUAUUUGCCAUGGAUACCGACAUCAAUACAUUGGGAAACCAAUCAAACACACCUGGGCGGCUCUUUGUGUCAUCUUCUCCGCUGGAUUGACAUAUUUACACUGCCUUUGGACUUCGUCUGCGGUCCGGGAGGCUGUCUGGUAUGAUGGGAUGAGCAGCACGCUUACGGACUGCACCAUGCUUCUGGCGGUUUUGGCCGAGCGAUGGAAGAGCGCAGCGCCGUAUCGAGACAUUUUUGAAGCUCUCUCUAACCGGACCAUAACCAUGAUGGUGGAUAGAAACCGUGAACAGUGGACACGGCCCGUCUCCUUCGUGCCGUCAAGUCCGGUCAAUCCCCAAAACCUGACGCGGUGGGUGGCGGAUAUACCGGAUGCGGGCAUGUUGGACGGGACGGACAAGAUAUUGGAAGGAUUGCUCGAUGAUUUCAUUGCACAGGAGCAAGAGCCGGGGAGCCCAAGCAGGUUACGAGAAUCACGACAUGGAGACAGGAACGGGAACGAGAACGCGAAUCCAGCUUAG